UCCCGCGGAGGGUUGCGGACACGGGGGUCCCGCUGCGGACACACACACACGGUGCCGGUCCGUGCCCCGGGGGGGCGGUCCCGGUCCCUCCCGCGCCGGGGGCGGGACGGGCCCGGGCGCUCCGGGACCGGCACCGAGCGGGCACCGACCGGGCACCGGACCAUGGCGGGGCUGUGGCAGUGCCAGCGCGAGGCCGAGGCGGUGGCGGGGCUGAUGCAGCAGAACAUGCUGCGGGCGCUGGAGCGGGACGGGCGCCUGCGGGACCUCGACACGCGCGCUCAGAGCCUGCGCGCCAUGAGCGAGUCGUUCUCCCGCAGCAGCCGCGCGGUGGCGCUGCAGCGGCCGCACCGCUCCCGGCGGCGUUGGGCGGCGGCGGCGGCCGGCACCGGGCUCGUCCUCAUCGUGCUGCUGGUGCUGGUGCUGGUGCUGGUGCUGCGGCGGGACCCGGGCCCGGUACCGGCCCCCCCCGGCGCCACCGGCCCCCCCCCGGCACCCGCGGAGCCCCCGCGGUGACCGCAGCGGAGCGGCCCCGGGGGGACCCCGCCAUGGACGGGAGCAGGAGACCCUACAAUAACAACCAACGGGAGCGGAUCUCGGGGGACCCUGCAGUAAAUAAACACCGGGGACCCCCCAAUAACAAA